AUGUCAGUUGCUUCGCAACUCAAUGGCAGCGUAAGCGUACCACUGGCCAGUCGCCCCGCCGCCCGCUUCGAAACCGAAUCUCUACAAAACGGCCACCCUCGCCUGAACGGCGCCCACUCGGAUUCUACAGACUACGACAGCUCCUCCGGCUCCCGCGCGUUGAACGGCAAUUCAACCAAACGACCAGGCAUGUCGCGCAAGGCUUCCUCUCCUAUGGCCCCGGCCUUUAUGGUCUCUGCGCCGGGCAAGGUCAUUGUGUACGGUGAACAUGCGGUCGUGUACGGUAGAGCUGCCCUAGCGGCGGCCAUUUCGCUUCGGUCCUAUCUCUUGGUCACUACGCUCUCCAAAUCGCAUCGCACAAUUACCUUGAACUUCCGUGAUUUGGGCUUAAAUCAUACCUGGGACAUCGAUUCUCUCCCAUGGGGAAUCUUCAAAUCCCCCGAAAAGAAGACCACCUACUACGACAGGGUUACCUCUCUUGACCCCGAACUGUUGAAAGCCAUCGAGCCGCACCUCGAGAACGUUUCGCUGAAUGUCCCCGAGGAAACGCGCAAACCUCACGUCCGUUCCGCCCUCGCCUUCCUGUUCCUCUUCAUGUCACUGGGCUCCCCGGAAAGCCCAGGCGCCAUCUACACUCUCCGCUCCACAAUCCCCACCGGCGCCGGCUUGGGCAGCAGUGCCAGUGUAUGUGUCUGUAUGAGUGCUGCCCUGCUACUCCAGAUUCGUACACUCGCCGGCCCCCACCCCGAUCAGGAGCCAGCAGAGGCCGAAAGCCAAAUAGAUCGUAUCAACCGCUGGGCAUUUGUGGGUGAAAUGUGUAUCCAUGGAAAUCCUAGCGGCGUCGACAACACAGUCUCCGCAGGCGGAAAGGCUGUGAUAUUUAGGCGUGUUGACUACGCAAAACCCCCUAUAGUCACCUCCCUACCUGCAUUUCCCGAAUUGCCUCUCCUCAUUGUUGAUACCCAGCAGACUCGCUCAACUGCGAUUGAAGUCGCGAAGGUCGGUGCCUUGAAAAAGGCCCAUCCGGUGGUAACGGAGUCUAUUCUUGAUGCUAUCGACCAGGUCACAACAUCAGCCCAGGACCUUCUCCAAUCCCCUGACUUUGACGGUUCUUCAGACGACACGACGGCCCACUUUGGAACCUUGAUGCGUCUUAACCAUGGCCUUCUCGUCUCGUUGGGGGUGUCACAUCCGCGUCUGGAGCGGAUCCGUGAGUUAGUGGAUCAGUCCGAUAUUGGCUGGACUAAAUUGACUGGCGCUGGCGGGGGUGGGUGCGCAGUAACUUUGCUGCGCCCCAAUGCCGAGCCGGAGGCGGUUCUGAACCUCAAGAACCAAUUGGCUCAAGAGGGCUUCGCCAAGUAUCAGACCACUCUUGGUGGUGACGGCAUUGGGGUGCUUUACCCCGCUGUCCUGCGCAACGGCUCUGACGACGAGGAAGGUGGCGAGGAAAUUGAUCAACAGAAGUUCGAGAACGCUGAGGGCCACGCGGGUAUUGAGCGCUUGGUGGGUGUCGGAUUCCACGAGAAGCGUCAGGGUUGGAAGUUCUGGAAACGUGCUACGGACUGA